AGGUUGGGUGCACUGGGGGGGGAUCAAUGGGCAGAUAACAUCUCACUUGAAACGCCGGCGAGCGCCAGGCGGGGAAGGGAAGGGUAGGGAAGGGAAGGGAAGGGAAGCGAAGGGACCACGCGGAGCCCGGCUCGCCGCCGCCGCUCGUUGCCCGCAGCCGGCCGGGGGCAGCCCGGGGCAGCCGGAGCAUCGCGCCGCCCUGCCAAGCCGGGGGACGCCUGGUCCGGGAAGGCGCGGCCGGGCCCCCUGCUGCCCCCGCUUCCUCUCUUGCGCCGUGCCCCCCCCCGCAGGCACCAUUGCCCCCACGGGGAGGCAGCGGACUCAGCCCCUUCCGCGGCUCAGCAUUGGAAGGAAAACUUUGAUCGCGGCUGCCAUCGGCGUGGUGAUGAUCCUGGUCCUGGUCAUCCUCAUCCCGGUGCUGGUGAGCUCGGUGGGCGCGGAGGGGCACUACGAGAUGCUGGGCACCUGCAGGAUGGUCUGCGACCCCUACCUGGGCAAGACCGCGGCCACCACGAGCGCCAGCAUCCGGGCGGACGCCGACACGCUGAGCGACCACAGCGGCGUCCCGCCGCCCUCCACGCUGGUGCAGGGCCCCCAGGGCAAGCCGGGCCGGCCGGGCAAGCCGGGGCCGCCGGGGCCGCCGGGCCCGCCCGGGGCCAUGGGGCCGCCCGGGCCGCGGGGCGAGCCGGGGAAGCCGGGCCCGCCCGGCCUGCCGGGGCCCGGGGGCAGCGGGGCCAUCAGCACGGCCACCUACACCACGGUGCCGCGCGUGGCUUUCUACGCGGGGCUCAAGAACCCGCACGAGGGCUACGAGAUCCUCAAGUUCGACGACGUGGUCACCAACCUGGGCAACCACUACGACGCGGCCACGGGCAAGUUCACCUGCAACAUCCCCGGCACCUACUUCUUCACCUACCACGUCCUCAUGCGCGGCGGCGACGGCACCAGCAUGUGGGCCGAUCUCUGUAAGAACGGGCAGGUGCGGGCCAGCGCCAUUGCCCAGGAUGCUGACCAGAACUAUGACUAUGCCAGCAACAGUGUCAUCCUGCACCUGGAUGCCGGUGAUGAGGUCUUCAUCAAACUGGAUGGGGGCAAAGCUCAUGGGGGCAACAACAAUAAAUACAGCACCUUCUCGGGCUUUAUCAUCUACUCGGACUGAGAGCAGCGCCACACACACAAGCCUUGCCUCACUCACCUCGGCUCUGCCCACACCACAAGGACUGUGAAGGACCCUGGCAUGGGGCCCCUGCCCUGGAGAGAUCUAGGGAAGGAUCCCAAGCCACUGGCAAGGGGUGUAAUCUCACCCUUCCCCUCCUAGCCCCAGCACCCACCUGCUCUUCUCCCCCGCAUCCCAUGCAAGCGCAGAGUCCAUGCUUGCACUCAUUCAGGGGGAGGAGGGUGAUAAGAAAAGGCUGAGAGUGCUGAGCCAGGGCAGAACUGGGGGUGUGGUCCCUGCAGUACCCCCUCCUACUGCCCAAAGUGAAACCCUGCCCUGUAACUUGGCUGUGAAACCUGCCUAGCACUAGGAUGGUCCCCUGGCACCCCUCUGCCACUGAGUACCUGUGCUUUCCAGUUCUCCCACUCCAUACCAUUGAGAUCUCAUCCCCAGCUCAGUGCACUCUUUUCUCCUGCUUGAUACCAGUGGGGUCCUCUGCCUCAUCUGUGCCAAUGCCCUCCCUUCCCCUAUUCAGUGCACAUGGCUUGACCCUCCUUGCGCUGCCUGGCUCCUCUCCUGGGUGAAUGGGUAUCCACCUUUGCUUCCUGGUAACAUCAGCUUGCUCUGCUAUGUGUGAUCCCAGCUGAGCCCCAUGCCAGGCACUGAGAGCCUGCUUGGCUCCUAGCUCAGAGGGAAGGCAGGCACAGCAGCUGGCAGAAGCUACAGCAGGGUCAGGAUGUCUUCAAAAGCCUGCAGGCCCUUGCGUCUCCUUGGUUUGGUUGCUGGGUCCAGGCCACCCUUUUCCCUGUCCUGACUAGCAGGGGGAGUACAGGAGCCCCUGGCCUUGCAUGUACAUAUGUACAGGAUGUGUGUAUAUUUAUACAGAUGCCUCUUCUGGGGAGUGCUGUGUGGCAAUGGGACCCCCCCCCCCCCAAGCACCAAGUGGCACCUGUUUGCGCUCUGCCCUCCUGCUCCUUGUGGUCCCAGUGACAGGCCCCAGCUGUGCUGCUCCUCCCUGUCUCGUCCAGUGCUGGGGGUACUUUGCUGGGGGUGGGGUAGGGAAUUGAUUUUCUUAUCAAUAUAAGAGCAAAUCCAUGGUAAAUAAGAGCUGUGACCUCUCCUGAGUCUGGUCUCUUCUUACUUCUACUACUCUGGUUGUUCUUUCCUCAGGAGAGCAGGUGAAGGGAGGUGGGAAGGGGUGAUUCCAGGCAUGGCCUUUCCAGAACCUACCCUGGAGUGAGGAUCAAAGCAGUGACUGUCCAUCCAUCCUUCUGUCCAUCCAUCCAUCCAUCUAUCCACCACGCCGCAUCCGGGGCAAGUCCCAUCGCAACACACUGCAUGGGCUCAGAGCUUGAA